GUCGCAGGCCCGACUGGUGGACCGAGAGGACCAGCUUUGAUUGAGUUCCAGAAGACCCUUAAAGACACCAUGGAAGGCUUAGGUGGUCUGCCAGGCCCGCGCUGGUCGGCGUGCACAGGCGCACAAGAUGACCCCCGGUUGAACGGGUCGUCCUCCCCCUGGUGGAGAACAUUCCGAUCCGCCGUCAUCCUUCCUCCCCUCCUCUUCGCUCCGACUGGCACAGUCUGAAGGAGUGUGUGAGAGCAGGAGAGAGAGCGAGAGAGAGGGAACGUGGGAAAGAAAAUGAUCCAAACAUCGCUCCUAACUACCCUCCUCGUCCUCCAUGCCGUGGCCACCCCCCAGUUCUUUGCUCACCACGGGAGGAGGGUGUGCGGAAGCCGUGACCCCCAGCGUCACCACAUUGUCACGGCAACCGAGUCCUACGUCCUUCCUCUGCACAGACCCUACAUCACCGUGUGUCAUGGGCACCGCCUCUGCAGCACGUAUAAGACCGUGUACACGGUAGCGUACCGGCAGGUGAGUAGAGUGGCGUCGCUGUCCAAUUACUACCCAGAAUGCUGCCCGGGAUGGCGGCGCUUUCACUCCCUCAGCUGUAACCAAGCUGUGUGUGAUCACACCUGUGUGAACGGGGGCACAUGCAUGACACCCAACCAGUGUGCUUGUCCACCAGGAUGGACGGGACACCAAUGCCAGAUAGAUGUGGACGAGUGCAUCCAGCAGCAUCCUUGUGCUCACCAGUGCAUCAACACAGCCGGAAGCUUCCGAUGCGCCUGCAGGGACAGGUUCAGCCUGUCCGGAGACGGACGCUCCUGUUACCGCCUGGGCCCCGCCUCCCAGGACCCCGGUGAUGUUUCGACUUCAGGUGAACGAUUCCGCAUUCCGGGGAAUGUGUCGGAGGAGGUGCAGAGCCUGAGGAGCAGGGUGGAGCUUCUGGAAAAGAAGCUGCAGUUGGCGCUGGCGCCGUACGGCAGCGUCUUCCCGCUGUCGCUGGACGAGGGUGUGUCUGAAACCACCCUGUUGUCGCACUCCUUCCAGCAGCUGGACCGCAUCGACUCCCUCAGCGAGCAGGUCGGGUUCCUGGAGGAGCGCCUGGGAACCUGCUCCUGCCAGGAAAACUAGGGGCGAAGAAACAAAGAGGGCACACUCACCAAGAUGGCGAGCGCUGUGUCGGCCCUCGCGAUCGUCGCACAACUCAGACGGGAUGUUCCCCAUCAUGUCCUUCAUGCUGUUAAAAAGUCUUAUGUUACGUUACAAACAUCAUCAUCAACCCUAAACAGGUGAACUAUCAGUGCAGCUGUGUGUCCACACAUGGACACAUCUGUAUUUAUUAUUUAAAAUUACAACCAGUUAUUUCUCAGUACCUUUUUUUUGAUAAUUUCGUAAUAAAAGAAAAAAAAAUCAACUGUCACAUGUGCUCAAUGAAGAAGUGCAUUAAGAAAAAAAAUACAUUUAUUUCAUCUGUUGCACUUGCAAGGCAUUCACAUUUACCCAGAGGAAGUGAAAUCAGGAACACUACAUUGUCAAUAUAUGCUGGAUUAUUGAAAUGGGGACACACACGCACGCACACACGCUGUAGGUUGUUAUUUAUAUUCCAACUAAAGCUACUAACAAUUACACUUUAAUAGCUUUGGUGACCAUGAAGAAAUUUUUUUUAUGUUUCCCGUCAAAACUGAACAAGAAAAGUGCUUUAAUUCACUUCCUUCCUUCCUGUUUUAAAACUGUAUAUAAUUUUAUCUAGGAGUGUCCUAAUUGAAUGGAUAACUUUGAUUUUUCUUACAUGCCAGGGGAAAAAAAAAACAACGAAAUCACAAAAAAUCUACAAAAAGGAACAAUACAAAUUUGAAUGUCUGAUUGGACCAUAGGUGGGGGUCUAUAAAAGGAUGCAUCCACUAUUGCUUUGCACUUGUGUUGUACAUUAAACGCACAAAUUUGUCACAAAUGAGAUAAGACACAAACUGAACAUACAAUGAAUUAAAAAAACAAGCUUUUGUUUUUUGGAGGAAACCAAUUUGGUUCAACAUUCAAACCACUUGCAAAAAAAAGCCAAAAAGUAAUAAGGAUUCAUAUUUUGAAUGCAAGACGAGGAGCAAAUGAGUUAGUAGUAUUCGGGGUAGAUAUUCAAACUGGCCUUACUGCGGUGUUUGUGUGUGUGUGUUAAGCUGAGGCGCGAGUAGGCAUCUAUGAAGCGAGUACAGGCCAGCACCACUCGUCAAACCUCACAAUCAGUCAUGAACAUUUCAUCAAUAGCCAUCUGAGCUUGAACAACAACUGCACGUGAGAUAAAAACCCACUUUAAAGGAAAACUGCACUUUUGCUUUGAAUAUUUUGCCCAUCACCCACAAUCCUUAUGUUGAGACAUGAACACACAUCUUUCUCUUUUCUGUGCAUUCUAAAGAUAUAAAAACAGCUAAAAAGAGGCAGUUAAGAAUGCACGUAAUGGGACGCACCUAUUCCGCCUAUAAAGCUUAUGAAAACCCCCACAAUAUAACGUGAUCUGCGUAUUAACCAAGCUACAGCAACAUUGUUAUUAUUGUUAACAUUGUUACACCCAAGAACUACGACACCUUCCCACACCACACCGGUUAGUUCCUAGCUGGCUAGCGACUAGCUUCACCACACACUCGCUCACAAUGCCUCAGGCCACUACUGAAAGGUGACGCUGCAUAUUGAAGUUGCUGUGUUUUUGUUUUUGGAAAAGUUAAUGUUAGGUGGAGCGUUCCUUUCUAUGAGGGAAGUUCCGCUAAUGCUUAAAAUGACCAAAAUACUGUCAGUAUUACAUCUUAUCAUAAAUGCUCACAGAAUGGAUAUAAAACCAUAACACCUUGUUGCAGGUUAAUUAGCUGCUUCUUUUUAGCUGUUUUUAUAUCUUUAGAACACACAGCAAAGAGAAACACGUGUGUUCAUGUCUCACAUAAGGAUUGUGGAUGACGCGCAAGAUUCCUAAAAAAAAAGCACAGUUUUCCUUUCAAAGCACAAACCAGGAAAAAAAAGAAACAAAUUACAUGUGGAUAGAAGUGCACAUACUUUAUCCCAAAUGCUCAAAGUACAUUCUGAGAAAAUGGCGACAGAUGCGGGAAAGCAAGUGCUAGCGUGGGUGAACAAAAGCCCCACAACACCAGGUGCUUUUUACACAGAACAAAAGGGCUUUCACGCAACAACACGGCAUCUCGCAAUUGGAUAAUUAGACGACAUUCUGUGCCAGCGUCUGAUGUGACGUAUAAAAUAUAGAGUGCAGAAGAUGCCUUUCACUGUCUGGGUUUGCCGGCAUUCCCUUACACACAGGUGCCUUCCCACCUCUGUUGCUGCUGUCAUACUACCUCCCAAUGUUGCAAUACACUCGAACCCCCCCCCCCAAAAGUCGGUGGAACAAUGACAUAGGAUACAGAAGCGCAAAGUGCAACAACCAAUCAAACUUAAGGCCAAAAUUCCACUUAAAUAAUCAAAUAUAAACUAUCCUAUGGAGUUAAGUGACAAACUUAUAACACUGUUCAUUUUAUAAUGGGAAUAUUAAUAAUAAAAUGUCCACAUUGCCUAUCAACAAAACACGUCUCAGGUCGUUCACUUGACAUUUUGGUGUGCCAGCUGUGUCGCUCUCCACUGUGUCACUAGGGGUCGUAAUGAGCGCUUAAAAAGGCGUCUAAAAGAGAAGAAGAGAAGCGACAAGACAACACUCACUGACUGCUGCGUUCUAUCCAGUAGCAGACACGCGGGAGCGUGACGUCAGCCACUGAAGCACAAGAGAGAUGGCAGGUCAGUCCAUUAAAUAAACGCCAUCACCUUGACUUCCGAGGGCUGAAGACGCAAAACGGAUGUCGCAAUGAGCUCAUCGGGAAGGGACUCUAUGACGCGUUGGACUCUGACCUCCACCACUUGUGAAAACCCCGCCUGCCUUUGUCUUUUGGGUGGAAUGCAGAGAGGAAGGAAGGAGGUGGGCUGCGUCCAAAGAUAAUCCCAACAAAGGCAACAUGAGAGGAAUACAAAAGAAAAAAAAGGCAGGAUGAGGACUUUGAAAAACAGAAAAAAAAAAAAAAAAAAGCGUCCAAAGCAAAAAUGAAUCGCCAUGAAAAAACACAUGCACGGAAAAACAACACACAUCAACAUUGUUGUGCGCACCGUCCGUCACUCCACUCGCAAACAUGGCGAGGGUCAGGACUGUGCUCGAAGGGAAGAGUCAACUAGACAAGACCGCCGCAAUCACGUCGUGUCCUGGUCAGGUAGCGGAACAACCUGGGGGUGAGGGGGCGUCAACUGGAGGAUUGCUGGAGAUAGAAGUGGCAGCCGGUUGGGGGGGCUUGGUGGUGAGAGUAUGGCGGCUGCUCAGUGCCUCAUGGGGCCGUUACUGUGGGUUUUGGAGAUGUCCAGGAAGGCCGAGCGCAUCACAUCAAAGGACUUCUCUGCGAGGCACGAAACGUCCUCGGACGUCAUCCCUUUUGUCUCGAUCUUUGGCAGGAUCUUCAAUCUGAUGGUCCCUGGUGGCGGAGACAACACACUGAGUAACAACGAGAUGCACCAUGAGAAAACAACCAAAAAUAAGCAACCGAUUACCCGAUUUGAACUGCUUUUCUUUCCGUAGGUAGAAGUUGCUGUAGGAGGAGAAGACCACGGGAAUGAUGGGCGCCUGAAACGUGACAGGAAGCAAGUCAAAUUUGACCAGAGACCAUCGUUCUUAGUGCAUCUUCACGCUAAAAAGCACCAAUUAACGCCUCUAAUCAAUUAACCGCCGCUGCCCAUAGUUGCCAGGGGCAUUGUCUACAAAA